AUGGCGAAGGUCGCUUUUGAAGACCUUUCCGGCACCUCCACUCCUGCCACACCAAACCCUUAUGAUGGUCUGAUCAUCGCGUGCAAUGGUGACCCGCGACUGAUUCAAGAGCGAUAUGCGACCCACCGGCUAACUAGGAAUGCGCAACAAAAAGAGAAGAUACUCGGCGACGAUUUCAGAGGGUGGGUCCUUGACGAACAUCUUGUUAAGCUUGAUGGCCCCCAAAAAGAUGCUUCUUAUAUAGAUCCGCGACAUUGCCUCGUGUUCUGGGGAAGGCCGCCUCACAAAGUCAAGACAUUGAUAGAUGUCAUACAGUCCAAGCUCAAGGAUGCCGCUCCAGACAUUUGGCUGAUGCCACUUGACAAUCUGCAUAUUACGGUCAUGGAGGUUGCUCACUCGAAGACCGAAGAAGAAAUAGACGGUCAGAUCAACAAACUGAAGGACCACUGCAAAUCCAUAGCCGAUCACACAUGCUCCCAUCGCGCCAGGCUUAUCAAGCCGCUUCUGAGCUACGACCAGGCAGCCCUUGCGUUGAGUUGGGUUCCUGCCGCAGGAGAAGCUCCCUCCAACGGCCGGAAUGCUGAGGAUGACAAGUAUACAUACCAUCAUUUGCGCCGAGAUACCUAUGCCACCAUUUCAGAUGCCGGUAUCGAGGUCGGGUCCCGAUACGUGAUACCCUCCGCACAUCUUACUAUUGCGAGAUUCAAUUCACCCAAUGUAUUUGGUGGUGAUCCUCUGGACGGGGGUGUCGCGCUCGACAUCAAGAAGCGCAAGCAUUGGAUCAAGGAGCUGGAAAUGAUCAAUCAGUGGCUGGAAGCUGAAUACUGGCCGCAGGAGGGGCAGGCGAUCAAACCUGGAGGCCAGUGGGUAGUGGGUGAAGAGAAAGGCCUUGACUUUCGAAAUGGUACAUUGUGGUACGGCGGGGGAUCGACCAUCUAUCUGGGGGAAGGGUUUGUCUAUGGUGAGGAAAAUGAUCCGAAUGGCAUCGCUGAAUGA